AUGGUUCCUCAGCCUCAGCGUGUAGCGAUCGCGGUUCCCCCAGGAACAAAAGCAGGCCUCUGGCCCUUCAUUGUGACAUGCGUGCUGGUUGGCAUAGAGGUCGCCGUGGCGUUCAUCGACCUUAUCGUCCAGGCAGCAGGAGGUGCGAAGAACACUAAGGCAAUGAACCUCCUGAAGAAGGGGCUUCUGUCCGCCGCUGUCAUAAACUUCCACAUGACGUGGUGCAUUCCCUUUUCCCUGACCCUCACCUACAUUGUGAGUUCCCUGAGCUGGUCCAUGGGCAGGAAGAAGUGUAGUCUAUUUCCCCUUCUUAACGGCUUCGCAUGCUUUCUCUUCCUCGGUGCUGCCAUCUACUCGUGGAUGUGGGCAAAUGAUGCAGAGAUUAUGCUCCAGAUUUGUAAGAACUUCCUCAUUCCUCUCGGCCUGAAGAAGAGCCCCGAGCAGCUCAGGCUGACCAUCUACACGCCCCAGAUCAAGCUUCUUGUGGACAUAAUGGUCUCAUGGGGAUAUCCCGCGCAGUGCGUGAUUGUAUUGACCGACGCAUUCCUAGCCAUUUGCCGGCGCGGCUCGGACAGGAUCAUUCACCUCCUCGUCCGCGUUGAUAAAUAUGACAAGAUACACGUCAAGAUGGACCCUUAUGAUCUGAUCAGCAGUUGA